CUUCCUUGUAAUAACUGAAGGAGGGAGCAAUGAUGAAAAAGUGGAGAGCAAUUUACAGAGAAGACUUCACAACUGUAGUUGUAGUUGUAGUUGCAUCACAACUGCAGAGGGAACGGCAGAGCUUUCUACACGUGUUUGCAGUCUACUAACACUUUUUCUUAAAAAUCAAAUCAAAGAUUGUAUCCCUAUCUUCAACUUCACAACAGAUAUGUCUAUCAACACUACUGUGGCACUCCUAGUGUUCCUGACUAUCUAUGAGGGUAUUCUGGGGAAUCAUGGAGUGAACCAGCGAUGUCGAUGCAUCAGCAAGGAGAAAAGGCCCAUCGGACGUUACAUUGGAAAGGUGGAGGUGCACCUUCCCAGCUCCCACUGCCAAGAUAUUGAGAUUAUUGCCACUCUUAAAAAGGAUGGGCAAAAGAUUUGUUUGGACCCUGAUGCUCCUUGGGUCAAAAUUCGUCUUCAGAGGAAAAAGGCUCAGAGACGAACACCUUGAAGUACAAAUCUUCACAGAAUUACCUCAGAUGGAAAGAAGGCCAUUUUAGAGUUCAAAGUGGAAGCAUUGAUUGCAUUGAUGGAGCGUAAAGAUCAUAUUUUUCUUGACGGGAAAGAUUAAGCUGUGGUGCUCAAUAGGUUUCUGGGGUGCCAACAAGAAAUAUAGCCAUAUGUUAAACUUUUCUUUACUUUAGAAAAUCUAUUUGCAUUUCAAAACACUUGCAUUUCAAAUGUAAAGCAAAAUAAACAAUUGUUAAAAAAGUUUUGAAAGUAAAUGCACAAUAUACAUGGCACAAUAAAUUGGUAUAUUUGCAGGCUGUUGGACAGAA